AGUGGCAAGAGCGUGCACUUGUUGAUUGGACGCUGUGGGGCCAAAACAAAUGCAAUUAGUGCCCCAGUGUGCUUGGGGGCCAUCAGAUGAUUAUACUCAUAGUUCUCGCAUGAUGCUGUCGAUGUGAAGAUGCUAUUUGAUUGCACAUGUUGGUUGCUUCUGCUGCCGCUGCUGGGGCAGCUGUGUGUUUGCCUGGGCAACCGUCAUCUAAAGCCAAAGCAUAAACAUCAUGUUAUUAUUGCCCACGAUGGAUUCCAUAACAUUCACCACGAGCCAAAGUAUAGGCACUGGAAGGCUAGGCAGGAACAGCAUGCCAAGCACCAUAAUCUAAUAUCGCAGACAAUAAUAAACAAUUGACAAGGUUCCAAGCGCAUCGCAUGCGAUCUCCAUGCUCCAAUAUGCGCCAAGCAAUUGAAAUACAAUGAGAGUUAAUGGGCAACAAAACCUUCCCAGCAAUCUCGUUGUGCAUUUUAAAUAUAAACUUUGCAAAUUAAUUAA